ACGUUUGCAAAAUGGCGAAUCGUAGCAAGCGUUAUCUUUCACCUUAAUUUCCUUAUCUGGUAGUAAGUAAAAGGUCAUUCCUAUGUACGUCACACUGGCCAUAAAAAAAGCUUAAAUCUGCAGGGCCAUCUGGACUUAGGUUAUUUGAUAUCAGUCUGUCCGUCUGCCUGCCUGUCUGUCUACACACAAUCAUGUUGAAGCUCGCAAUUGUGGUUCUAAUUGCUGUCACUGUACAGGCAAACACUCGACCUCCCCGACCCACUCACAGACAUCCAGUCCACGAAUAUUUCUACUUCUUCCAUGACUUCCAUUCGCAUCAUUACGUGAUGGUUGACAGAGGCAGCUGCUACUUGGUGACGCUGUCGUCGGACGAAGAAUCCAAACUCUACGACCCGACCUAUCUUCACACCAUGCAGAGUAAAAUGAUUACCAAUCUUCAAGACAGCAGUAAGAUAACCGCGGGGGACCUCCACAGUCUGGACCGCCAGGAACACCACCGCUGUCACAGGCACGUCUUCAUGAUGACCCUGUAACCCGACAGCUGACGUGUUCCCAGUCGUUUCUCUCAACCCUGUAGAUACAUAAUAAACAGUAUUCCGACUAUA